AUGAUCGCAGAGACUACGGCUGCGAUUUACGCCGGGGGUUUCAAAUGGAAAGAGUCUUCUUUACAAGUCAAGGGAAGGGGGGACGCCGUCACCGACACCUUGGACAAUGUGGUAUGCAGGGGAAGGGAAGGCAUCAUGAUUUUCACAGCAGUGGACCGCAUGCUGGUCUUGGGUGAGAUGAUCGAUAAUCACAGCAGCACGGCCACCAGCAUGGUUUACAUAUUGGGGGGAAUGCAGAAAGCAAUUGUUCUGCCUGGCGCCGGGGACCCCGAUCAUCAGCGUCACUUGGCGCUUGCACGUGGCACUUGA